UUCAUUCACAUUUUAUCAGAUGUUAGAAAGGGAAGGAAAGGAAAAUGAAGCACUGAACAGGAUGAUGGCCAUUGAGCAGAAAACCAACCUCCUUAAUCUCUUUCAAGAUAGGAAUCGUCCAACCCUACAUAAAUGGCCACAGGACACAGAUGUUCUGUACAUUGUUUCCUUGUUUUUUGUGGACGAAUGGAAGAAAUUUAUCAGGAAACCUACAAAGAGUAGCCCUGUCUCUAGCAUUGGUAACAAUGUCCUGCUCUGUCCGCAUGGAGGCUUCAUGUUCACAUACGAAUCUAUGGUCAAAGGUGAUGCUCAGCAUGUAGUUCUGCUCUGGCCAAGUGAAUGGGAUGUCAUAAACAGGCUGUUCCUCGUGGAUCAACCCAUUUCAAUUUACAGGCUGAGUGAAAACAUUCAAAACACCACAAAUGUACACUACCGAACUCAACCAGAGUUAUGUUUGGAUUGCAGAGAGGGACUGAUUUUCCAGCAGCAGAGAGACCUACAGGAAUACACCCAAGCCACUGUCUAUGUCCGUAAAGUUACUAACAAAAGAAUUAUGAAGGAGAGUGCACCUGAGCUCAAUGUCAGUGGCUCAGAUGCUGAAGAUGAGAGGGAGGAACUAAAAAUUGAAGGUGAAAGUGACCCUGAUUUUUACCAGUCAGGGGAUGGUGCCAAGCGACAGAAACUUGGUGAAUUUGUUCGCAGUUCUACAGUGAUGCCCAUCUCGCAGAAAUCAGGCAUACGGAGGAGUACACGCCACCGUAAACUGCGUGGAGAGAAAGCACUCAUUGUUUCAGCCAACCAGACUCUUAAGGAGCUGAAGAUACAGAUUAUGCAUGCCUUCUCCGUGGCCCCAUUUGAUCAAAACCUCAGUAUAGAUGGAAGAUGUUUGACAGAUGAUUCUGCUACUUUAGGCAGCCUUGGAGUCAUACCAGAGUGUGUAAUCUUUUUAAAGGCUGAUGAACCCCUAACAGAUUAUGCUGCAAUGGAUGAUGUUUACCAGGGUAAGGAUUUUUUAGUAUGUUACUUCCAGAUAAGUGAAAUGUAAAAUUGUUUUUAGUUGUUUUCACCAAAGGAAUCCAAAACUGAAAGACACCAAGAUCUUUUAUGAACACUUCCGUUAUUGAAGGGUUUGUUGAUCUCCCAGAUGACUGGGUCAUUUCUUCUCGAAAGGUGCUCAUUAUAUGAUGAAGAUUCAUUGCUUACAACUAAAACUAUCAAUCACUAUUGCAUAAAAAAUUGGGUGAUCUACUGAAUAAUUCUGACAAUUAAUUGAGUAAUCGUUUAUAACAUAGCAUAAAAUAAUAUUCAUUGCAAUUGGCAUGAGGCAGGAACCAACCUUGGAUGGGGUUCCAGUCCAUUGCAGGAUGUACACUUACUCAUGCACUAAUACAUGCUGUCAGUUUAUGCAGUGCCAGUACAUUUUUAUUUUUUGGAAGGGGAAGGAAACUGGGGGAUCUGGUGUAAAUCCACACAUACUGAGUUGCUGCACCAACAUGUCACCCUCAGCACUAGGCUUGCAUACUGUGCAACGUUAAUAUUGACAUUGCAUUACAUAUAUAUAGAAUUGUUACAUUGCAAAGACCAUGAUAGUCUGCCAGGUUGAGACCAUCCAUAAGUUGCACUAAAAUAUCUUUCCUUAGUCAUAGAGAAUGAAACUUAAGGCAUUUUUCCACUGCACCAGGUACCAUACUUUUGGUACUUCCAUAAAGUGCUGAAAGUAUGGUACUUCUUUUGUGUCGGUUUUCCACUGCGUAAAAAAUGGUACCAGCGCCAAAUGACAUCAUCAGUGACCGCUCCUGACUGACAUCGUCACAAAGGGCAGCUUAAAUCAUCAUAAUAAAAAAAAAACAGGCCAAAAUUAAAACACAGUUUAGGCUGGAAUUAAAUGCGGUUUAUUGCUAUGUCAGCUUCUAUCACAGUAUAAGAUUCAGUAAUAUCCAAAUUGCAUGAAUGCUGCCAUCAUUUACAUUUACGUAGGUACACUUACUUUGGCUAAGCCGAUCAAAGCAGUA